AUGUUGGCAGAAUUGUCAAGUCUGCCCAACUGUCUGACUAGUUGUACCACAGCCAUCCACCUCCAUCCACCAUCCACUGCUCCAUCCAUCCCCGUCCACUUCCACUGCCAUCCACUGCCAUCCACUGCUCCACCGUCCACUUCCCUGCCAUCCACUGCUGCUCCACCGUCCACUUCCCUGCCAUCCACUGCUCCACCGUCCACUUCCCUGCCAUCCACUGCUCCACCGUCCACUUCUCUGCCAUCCACUGCUCCACCGUCCACUUCUCUGCCAUCCACUGCUCCACCGUCCACUUCUCUGCCAUCCACCGCUCCACCAUCCCCUGCUCUACCAUUCCCUUCAACCCCUGCCUCAAUGCCCCCUGAGAAAGCAGCAGAAACUAUUAUACUUCAUCUUGUCCCUGUUGACCCUAUGGUCCCUCCAUCCCCUGCUCCCCCAUCUUCAGCUCCACCAUCCACUGCUCCGCUGGCCACUCCUCCACCAUCCCCUGCUCCAAGAUCCACUGCUCCAAGAUCCACUGCUCCGAGAGCCACUGCUCUGCUGUCCUCUGCUGCAAGAUCCACUGCUCCACGAUCCCCUGCUCCAAAAUCCACUGCUCCGCUGUCCUCUGCUUUAAGAUCCACUGCUCCGCUGUCUUCUGCUCCACCAUCUACUGCCUGCACUCCUUCAUCUCCACCCUCUUUCUCCACCCAGAAAACUCAAAAACAGGCAAAAAAGAGACCUCAUGUGAAAGAAUGUAAAAGACACAAAUAUCAAAAGGUGUUUCGCUAUGAAAAAGUAGUGGACAAAAGAGUUUCAAAUGGAAAAGCAGAAGUCAAAAUCCGAUGGUCACCAUGUCCUGAGUGUGGUAAGGUGUGGGAUGACACCUGGGAACCAGCAGCACAGUAUUUGUUGUAAUUGUAAAAUAGUAGUAGUAGUAGUAGUAGUAGUCGUCGUGG